UUCCCGAUGUACACAGUAGCUUCUGAACUGCCGUUGAUCACACACUGAAAGGAUAUUUCGUUUCUAAAUUUUCCAUCUGCAUUCCAAGAAGUUGGUGCUCUUGCGGACUGACCAUAAACUUAAUCAAUGAAGGAGAGAAGAUCUUGUCAAAAGUUAUCUCUUAAAUCCGGAAUGGAUCCUAGUCAGAGUGUUAAAUGCAAAAUAGUUGUUGUAGGGGACAGCCAAUGUGGGAAGACCGCCUUACUUCACGUUUUUGCAAAGGAUUGCUUUCCUGAGAACUACGUGCCAACGGUGUUCGAAAACUACACUGCCAGUUUUGAAAUAGACACGCAAAGAAUUGAACUCAGUUUGUGGGACACUUCAGGGUCACCGUACUAUGACAACGUGAGGCCUCUUUCCUACCCGGAUUCAGACGCUGUCCUCAUCUGUUUUGACAUCAGUCGCCCGGGGACCCUGGACAGUGUACUGAAAAAGUGGAAAGGGGAGAUCCAGGAAUUUUGCCCCAACACCAAGAUGUUGCUGGUGGGAUGCAAGUCAGACCUGCGCACAGACCUCAACACCCUUGUGGAGCUGUCCAAUCACAGACAGACGCCGGUGUCAUAUGAUCAGGGUUCCAACAUGGCGAAGCAGAUUUCGGCCCCCUACAUCGAGUGCUCGGCCCAGCAGUCGGAGAACAGCGUGAGGGACAUACUCCACGUGGCCACCUUGGCCUGCGUCAACAAAAACACCAAGAACGUCAAACGCAACAAAUCAGCACGAGCCGCCAAGAGGAUCUCGCACAUGCCCGGUAGGCCUGACCUGGCUGCGGUGGCGGCAGAUCUGCGGAAGGACAAAGCCAAGAGUUGCUCAGUCAUGUGACCAGGCUCACCCCAUUAGAGGGAGUGGAGGCGGGGGGGGGAUGGAGCGUGGCGUGAGGAUGUUAGUGGGUGUAGCUCCUUCCUGCACUUUAAGGCCUUGGCCUGUCCUGGAGUGGGCUUUAAUAUGCAUCAGACCGUGUCAGUGAACUGUCACUGGAGUACACAGUACGAACCAAGACUUCAGACUCUUUACACGUAGCCUCCCUCAUGUCCCUCCCCCCCGCCUGACCCUCACAUGUGUCACCCCCCAACACAGGAAGCGGGAUCAGCCCCCGUCAGCGAGCUGCCAGGAAGUGACAUGGCUUCCUCCAGCUGGUUGAAGAGGAAGGGGGGGGUCAAGGCCUUCCAUGGGAAAUGUGUAGGAGAAGUGAUGUCAUUUCGGAAAGGUUGAGUUCCUGGCUUGUAGUUCAUGGGAGGUCCCCCCCCUACACCCCCCCCCCCCCCCCUUCCCCUUCCCAGAUCAACUGUGACUUUUGACUAUUCUGAUUGCACCCUGACCAAACCUGACAAGCCUCCGUCUUGCACUGGAUCCCAGGCCUGGCUAAACAGAGGGUAUUGAAAUGAAUUCCUGUCACUGUGUGUGUUUUAAAUCAAUUCUUUCUCAUCUCUUUCUCUAUGUUGUUGCGAGUGAAUCUAUUGUGUUCUUGUCCUUUUCUGUUCUGACAACAGUAUAAAGCUAAUUCUCAAAUACCUGAAGGUUUUCAGACUACAAGUGGGAUGAAGGUAAAGAUAUACAUGGUAUACAGUCAUGCUCACAGGCUACAGGAGAAUCUGUAGUACCAUAUGCAGCUACUACAGACAGACAGUUGUUCAAGGAAAGAUAGUUCUGAAUAAGCUAGACUACCAUUACUGAUCUCAGAUCUCUAAAGUAUGGCAUAUAGUCUGAAUCUGUGCCACAUAAGAGUAAUGAACAAUGAAUCGAAAACUCUCCUCCAUUGGGUUGAAGGACAGCCAAAGUUUUGGUUUUGAAAUCCCGAUCAAAUAGCAAGCAUUUUUUCUCUGGACAAAACAAGCAUGUUUGUUAUUAAUGAGUACCCUACUCCUGUUCCCUGUGUUCAAGGUAGAGAUGCACUUUUUAAGGAUCUUGCUUUGCAGGAAAAGCUACAUUGUUUCUGUUGUACUAGAGUAACUGGCUGUGCUUUUCUGGAAUCAGUAUCUUUAUAAGCGCGUGUUAUCAGAUAGCUGACAGCUGUUACAGUACAGUAGCAUAUGUAUUUAAAUUACAAGAUACUGUUUAUAAGGAAGUGUUUCAUCUGUAGUUAAUCACUUUUGUCUUGAAUGUUGAAGUCCACUUUGUAUGUUUGUCACGUUGAUGUUGCCACAAUAUUUAUUGAAUUGUAUAUUUUCCCUUUUGAAUAAAUCCCAAA